GCGCCAUUUCAGCGCGCCCGGCGGGAGGCAGGAAUGGGGGCCGUCGCUUGGCGCUGGGUGCUGCGCGUCGCUCGAUUCUCUGGCUGCGGCGGCGGGGCGCUGGCGGUGCUGCGGCGCCCUCCGAGCAGCGGAGCUCGCGCUGCUUCGUCGUCCGGCUCCGCGUCCUCGGGCUCCAGGGAUGAGGUUCUACAAGACAAACGCACUCGGAUCCUGUCUCGGGGGCUGCCCAAACAAAAGGCCAUAGAAGGAGUUAAGCAGGUGUUGGUCAUAGCUUCUGGCAAAGGGGGAGUUGGAAAAUCAACAACAGCAGUAAAUAUAGCCCUCGCCCUAGCAGCAAAUGAUUCGGCAAAAGAAGUUGGUUUGCUUGAUGCAGACAUAUAUGGACCUUCAAUUCCGAAGAUGAUGAACUUAAAAGGAAACCCAGAGUUAACACCAAAAAAUCUAAUGAGGCCCCUUAAGAACUAUGGAAUCGCAUGCAUGUCUAUGGGCUUCUUGAUAGAAGAGACUGCCCCAGUUGUGUGGAGAGGACUCAUGGUCAUGUCAGCUGUUGAGAAAUUGUUGAGACAGGUUGACUGGGGUCAACUGGACUAUUUGGUAAUUGAUAUGCCACCUGGGACUGGAGAUGUACAGCUGUCAAUCUCGCAGAAUAUUCCAAUUGCAGGAGCUGUAAUCGUCUCUACUCCACAAGACGUGGCUUUGUUGGAUGCACGCAAAGGAACUGAAAUGUUUAGAAAAGUCCAUGUACCUGUUUUAGGACUAGUUCAGAAUAUGAGUGUUUUCCAGUGUCCCAAAUGUAAACAUGAGACACAUAUUUUUGGAGCAGAUGGUGUAAGAGAUCUAGCAAAAACUGUUGGAUUGGAUGUUCUAGGAGACGUUCCACUGCAAGUUAAUAUUCGGGAGACCUGUGAUUCAGGGCAGCCUGUUGUGAUCUCACAGCCUCAAAGUGAUGCCCCUGAGAUCUGUACUUCAGUGAAAAUGAACUGCAAGGCAAAUUAGCAGGUCAAGCCAAGCCAAUCCAUGGAAAAAACAGAGUCAGCUAUAAGCUGUUUGGUGAUUUUUGCAGUUGCCUUAGGAGUAAUGCAUACAUACUUCAUG